AUGUCCAUCCUCCCUCAGAGAGAUGGUUACUACGACCACCAUGUCCAUCCUUCCUCAGAGAGACGGUUACUACGACCACCAUGUCCAUCCUCUCUCAGUGAGACGGUUACUACGACCACCAUGUCCAUCCUCAGUGAGACGGUUACUAUGACCACCAUGUCCAUCCUCAAUGAGAUGGUUACUAUGACCACCAUGUCCAUCCUCAGUGAGACGGUUACUACGACCACCAUGUCCAUCCUCCCUCACCUCCCCUGCCCGCCUACAGCCUCCCUGCCCGCCUACAGCCUCCCUGCCCGCCCUACAGCCUCCCCUGCCCGCCUACAGCCUCCCUGCCCGCCUACAGCCUCCCUGCCCUUCCCAGCCUCCCUGCCCACUUCACAGCCUCCCCUGCCCGCCUACAGCCUCCCUGCCCGCCUACAGCCUCCCUGCCCGCCUACAGCCUCCCUGCCCGCCUACAGCCUCCCUGCCCGCCUACAGCCUCCCUGCCCGCCUACAGCCUCCUGCCCCGCCUACAGCCUCCCCUGCCCGCCUACAGCCUCCCCACUGCCCGCCUGCACAGCCUCCCUGCCCGCCUCCCAGCCUCCUGCCCGCCUGGCCUCCCUGCCCGCCUACAGCCUCCCUGCUGCGCCUACAGCCUCCUGCCCCGCCUACAGCCUCGCCUACAGCCUCCCUGCCCGCCUACAGCCUCCCUGCCCGCCUACAGCCUCCCUGCCCGCCUACAGCCUCCCU